GAAGGCGCCAUGCGACUUCUCCGUACGUUUCAGCGUCCGUCGUGAUUUCGUUCGUCACAGUUCCGAAUAUUGUCGCUAAUAUCCGACUACUAUUCUUCGAUUCGAACCUGUAGACCGGACUACGAGGUCAAAAUGCCAUCGGUUCGCCGGAUGAUCUUAGGACACGUCAUAUCCGGCUUGGGUACCAAAAUGAAUCGCACCAAAAAGCUUCAAGGUGAUUUACUCGAAACGCCAAUGAAGAGAUGCCUUUCCACGUUCGACAUCACGUUGCUCGGUGUGGGUCAUAUGGUCGGCGCUGGUAUAUACGUUUUAACGGGAGCGGUGGCACGGAACACGGCUGGUCCUGGUGUGAUUUUGAGCUUUCUGUUCGCUGGCGUGGCUUCCCUGUUAGCGGCACUUUGUUACGCGGAAUUUGGAGCGCGGGUGCCCAAAGCUGGCAGCGCUUACGUUUACACGUACAUUUCCGUCGGUGAAUUCUGGGCUUUUGUAAUCGGCUGGAACAUCAUACUGGAGCAUAUGAUCGGGGCUGCAUCGGUGGCCAGAGCCUGGAGCGGAUACGUGGAUUCCUUGGUAGGAGGGUCGAUCAGUAAUUACACCCAACACAUGAUGCACGGCUACACUAUGGGAGAACCGCUAGGACAUUUCCCAGAUUUUCUAGCCGCUGGUUUAUGCCUGGCGUACGCCAUGCUGCUUGCACUGGGCGUUAAAUGUUCAGCCACGGUUAAUUCUCUGUUGACUAUCGUGAAUUUAGCCGUGAUGGGACUGGUGAUCGGUUUGGGAAUUUCUUACGCGAAGGUUUCGAAUUGGAGCAACGAGAACGGAGGUUUCCUACCGUUUGGUUUCGGCGGCGUACUGGCAGGUGCCGCAACGUGCUUCUAUGCUUUCGUGGGCUUCGACUCGAUCGCAACUUCCGGCGAAGAGGCGCGCGAUCCUGGGUACAGCAUACCGCGAGCAACGCUACUCUCGAUGGCGAUUGUUACCAUUGGGUACGUGCUGGUUGGAGCAGCUUUAACGUUAGUCGUGCCGUAUUACAACAUCAAUCCAACGGCAGCUCUUCCUGAAGCUUUCUCAUCGAGGGGAGUAUCGUGGGCCAAAUAUGUGAUAAGCGUGGGAGCCUUGUGCGGAAUGACAACGACUCUUUUCGGAUCCCUGUUCUCUCUGCCGCGAACUAUGUACGCCAUGGCGAACGACGGAUUGCUGUUUGGCUUCCUGGGUCACGUGAGCGAACGCACACAAGUUCCAGUCCUUAACCUGGCCAUCAGCGGAUCCGUCAGCGCAGCGAUCGCCUUGCUCUUCGAUCUCCAGCAUCUGGUCGAAUUCAUGUCGAUCGGUACUUUCCUGGCCUACACAAUCGUUUCGGCCAGCGUGAUUAUCUUGAGAUACCGACCUGAAAAGAUCACACCUCCGCCAUCGAACGCCGGUACUCCGAGCAGUUUGGCAUCACCUCCCACAGAGAGUGCAGAUUCCAAUAGCGAUUGCAAUAGCGUCACGUCUGCAGAGUCCGAGCUUUUAGAUCUGAGCGAAGGCACUGGCAAAUUGAAAGCACGAUACGCCUGGCUCGCCAACUUUGUGGUCACUUGCGAACCUGGAAGAGCGGUAGCCAUUCUCGUGAUGAUCUACACAGCUGGCUGUGUUUCUCUGUGUCCUUUGUUGAUGUUGAUAUCGCAAACGUAUUGCUCUCCGGCGUGGUGGGACUAUUUCGUUGUGGCGAACGUUGUUUUGUUGUUGAUUGGAUGUUUGCUCGUGAUCGGUGCGCAUCAACAAAAUCCUCCUACUGGUAAAUUUCGAGUGCCUAUGGUACCUCUGAUACCGGCGCUGAGUAUUCUGUUCAACGUGGGACUAAUGUUCCACCUGUCGCUUCUAACUUGGCUUCGAUUCCUCGUGUGGAUGAUAGUCGGAAUGUUGAUAUACUUUUUGUACGGGAUUCACUACAGCAAAGAAUCUACCAGUCCAAAUUCGUAUUCGAUUCUAAUGGCGACCUCGGAAGCAGGAAGAGGCGCGAAAUGGGGCGCCACGUUGCGCGUAAAUCAGAAAAGCGAUAAAGUACCGAUUUUGAACGACGACGAUUUCGUUCACUAGGAGCGUAGGGUUCGUAAAAAUUGUAUAAAAACACACGCUGAUCGUCGCUGGAUGUAAGUGCAUCGUUAUUUGUAGAGAAACUGAACAAUAUACGACCAUCGUUCUCUUUGUCGAGGCUCAUAAAUGCCGAUUCGAAACAAAGAGUAAAAGGUCGACAAACAUUUGUACAUACCGAAGUUACGUAAAAUGCUGAAACGAAUUAAUCGUAUCCCUCUGAAACCUUCUGCCCUGAAAGGUUAAGCGGCUGAACGUUAGUGAGAUAUCAGAACAGACAAGACUGUGUUUUAGUACUUAUUUUGACUGCUUUUCGGUAGAUAUUGAUUUGAAGUCUCCGAACGUUAGCUGAAAAGAGUCUUCUUUAUAUUUUAUUACGCACAAAUUUACGCAUUUUCUUUGUUUUACAGACGCGCGUCGGUUGCGCGUUUCAUAGGUAAAUGAAAAAAUACGAGGUUCACCCGGUAAUAUAGUACAACGGUAGGAUUGAAACGACUUUAAGAGAAAGUAUUACAUUAUAAUCUGAUUCCUGAUCGACCUGCAAUUCUGGUUUAAGUAAAAGUUCGACAACUUUGAAUUCGAAGAUUCGAAAUACUCGCAAGGUGGAAAAGAACUCGCAGAUAAAAUGUAUGCAUUCAACCGCCAAGUACAUAUGUAAACAUUUACUGGGGUAUAAUGUUCAAAUCAAAAGAUAAAAAAAAAAGGAAGAGGAUAGAAGAAGAAACGCGUAUUUUUAACGAAAGACCAGAUUUUUAAAAGGGAGGCCGAGCGACUGUCUCUUUUAGUAAAUUUUAACGUUCUGCUACAAGGAUUGAAACAUGGUGCCUUGGGAACGGAUAGACUAAUUAUACAGUAAAAUAUAUGAAUCUAAAAAGAUGACAAUAGAUUCGCCUGUUACACGACGGGCAUUAAGCUUAAGGUUACCUAUACACGGAUUUGCUAAGCACAUGGAUUGCCCAGUGGCGUAAAUCAUCGUCGAUACACGAACUUGCCUGUGUCAUUUUAGAUUGGAAGAAAUUCGUUUCGUUUACGUCGUUGGACCCGUUUAAGCGUAGAAACCCGAUUCGAUUUGUUUCGCAAUGUAAGAACACCUCUGGGAUCAACCGUUCCUAAUCCACCAAUUUAUUCGCGAUUGCUUCGACGUUAAGGAUACGUGACGAACAAUUUUGACUGUACAUUGUUUGAUUUCAGUACGUUGUUUCUGAAAAUACGCAAAGACACAAACAUACGGGACUGACUGUAAGUACACGUAUCAUCUUUACGGUCCUCCGCUCAGCAGAUCCAACAAGGAUCUGUUACAGUAACAGAUAAAUAUAAUCGGUGUUACGUAAGAAAGUAUAUAUGUACGUAUUGUUAUCGUAAAGAUUACUACCGUCGAAGUGCCGUAGACGUUAUUUACAAUUAGAUAUAGAAGAUCGUAGCGAAACCGUAACCACGUCGUACAAAGGUUUAAAGCCAGAAUUUAGCCGUUCGAGGAUAUAUUAUACAGAGUGAAUCGCUUAAGUCAUCGACGUAGUAUGUUCUCUCGAGUAGCCCGUUUUAAGUGAUUCACCCUAUAGUAUAGAGAGCGUACGAAAAGGAUAAUUCGAUCGAAUCGUUGCGUACGUACGAAAGACAAGACGAUACGUUCGAAACGACGCUUGAAUAUUCUCUUCGAGGUCAACGUUCAAAUUUCAUUGCGUACAAUUCGCAGGGCGCACGAACCGUAGAAGAUUUGUAUAUGUAUUUAUGUACUCUGAACUUUCUGGAACGUACGCGCAGUUCAUGACGCUUAAUGUACAGUAGAUUACGUUAUAAUGCUCGUAUAAAUAUAUUAUACAUACUUAUGUACAAAAUCGACUCUCGUAAACAGCGAACGCGUGAUCCGCACAAGCGUUUUGCUCGACGUUUCCGAGCAAAAG